UGAUUGGUCAGUCGCCAUAUUUCAAGGUUUGUUAUUACCAGAUAUCAACCAGUAAAACUAAUAACAGUCUCAUCCGGGUCCCCCGAAUCAUCUUGAUCGUUAGUAAUUAUCCGUAUAACUCCACUGUCGCUGAAAGUUUGGCGCCAUUUUGCAACUUUUAAAUUUGUAAAAUAUUUAAACCCAGAUCGAUGUUUCGUGUCUAAUUAUUUACUUUUGUGGCAAGAAGCCGUGUAGUAAAUGGCAUAAUGUACAUCCAGCAGGUUGUUAUCGCAGAAUAAAGCCCUUUAGUCUUACACAACAGCCCUCAUCCGCUUCUCGCCGGGCCGCCGAUAAGCCUGUCAGGCUUUAUUCCGCGAUAACAACUUGCUGGAUGUACAUUAUCCCUUACAUAUUAAAUUAAUCAAGAUAAAACUUAUGGUUUUCCUGGCAGAUUUUCCUGCCAGUAUUGGGUAGAGAUAUUCAAUUGCUUUUCGUAUGUGUGACUUUAAAGGAUGUGCCUGUAUGAAAACUGCCUUUCAGAAACAAACACCCUGACAACUAUUCACCGGAGUAAAAAGUGUGACAACCUGCCCCAGUCUCCCCUAUACCAAAGACUAAAAAAAUAUAUUUUGCAUCUGCUUCUGAAUUAAUUCUGAAGGGAAAACACACACACACACACACACACACACAGAUGUAAAUACUCAUAAAUCAGAUGGAAAGUCAGGGCUAAUGGGACUUUGCAUUUCCCUUAGUCAGGCCUCUGGCACGUUCAGUGCUGCUAGUCACUCCCUUAAAGACGGAAACUCACCCAGCGCAGCUCAAUACAGAUGAAUCAUGCAUAUCCCGCUGCCAUCAAGCAGGACUUUUCCUGUAUCUGAACGCAACAGUAAUAUUUUGACAAAUGCAAGUCUUUCAAAUCUGUUCGGCGAAGCUUUGAAUGACUGGCGAGCAUCUGAAGCACAUCACGCUGCAUCAGUCAGAUCUGCAGAUGGUACUGUUGUUCCUGCGAGUGUCAUGUGUUCUGAUUACCUGAUAAAGCGCUUUUCCCUUCUCUCUGCCUGCGCUGCUCUGAAAUCAGAUGGUGGCAUCGGACUGCGUAAUGCAGAUAUUAAUGCAUGCAUCAAUCUAUACAUCCACCCAUCCGUUCAUUCAGUCCGUGCCUUUCCCUUUGGCUCACUUUAUGGUUUCUUCCUCUUCGCAUUAUCUCUGUAAUGCUGCCGUCAGCCGUGUUUAAUAAUUAAAGGCAUGUCCAUCAAUUCGUCCAUCUUAUGUAAACUAUGCACAGUGCUUUUUGUCAAACCAAGGCCAGUAAAAGUUGAUGCACCAUAUGGAAAUGUACAGUAAUAGCUCGGAACAUAUGUGCCUUUUAUACUUUAGGGAGUUGAAAUUGAAAACAUAAGGGGUAAAAAGUCCUGCAGUUUGUGUUUUUUGUCAAUUUGCAUGUUUUUAUGCUGUCUGUCUGCAUAUGCACUACUUAUAUCAGCUGAUGCAUGUACAUGAAGUGCUUAUACGGUGCAUGCGAUGCUUCUGUCGGUCUAUCAGUCAGUACAUCUAUCCUUUUAAUAAGUUGCAGUGGCUGAGCAUUGGUUGACCUCACUGUUCCCAGAAUACAGAUCUCUCCUUACAGCUGUGUCAGCCUGCGGCACUGAGGACGGGAGGAGACUUUGAGUCAUCAUCCAUCACCAUAUAUACACAAUAUACAGCUCACGCUGUCAUUUAAGUUCCAUCAGACUCACUGGAGAGGAUCGUUUGUUUGCUGGUAAUGUGAUAGUGUCAGUGCACAGAGGAGUCCCGCUGUCCUCCAUUCAUUGUUACAUGUCUGCUGGAGAUACAUGCAUGUGUUCAUACUGCAAAAUAUUGCGCAGUUGACCAAAGUUGGCAUUGAUUGUUUGUACAGUAAUUCAAUUUGUGUCAUUUUUUAUUGGCAAAAACACAUGCAAGUACUUUUUCAUAAAUACAACUCUCUAACAGAGGAUAAAACUCGCUAACGCAUAUUGUUUUAAGUCAGGCCUGUCACAUUCAGUUCCUGCACCGUUUAGAUGCAACCCUAAUUAAACACACCUGAUCCAGCUAAUUAAGUCAUUAAGGCUUCUUUGAAAACUACAUGCGGCUCUCCAGGAAUUAAGAUUGACACCCCAUUUUAUAUGUGUAUAUAUAUAUAUAUAUAUAUUGUCUGUUUUUUUGCAAAACUGUGUAAAAAUAAGGAUACAUUGCAAAAAGGUUCCAUUUGUUAACUACAUUAGUUAACAUGAACUGACAAUGAAAGCAUUUAUUGAUAUGGCUGUAAAUUUAAACAUUUAUUAAUACAUUAUUCAAGUCAAAAGUCGUAUAUGUUAAUAUUAUUUCAUUGACCUGAACUGACAAUAACAUUGCCAGUUUCCCAACUGGUUACCGAAACAUGUAGCUUGCAAUUGUCAUUAUUAUAGUUAUUAAUUUAUAUAUUUACAUGCAAGGUCUUAAAGCGCUUAAUCCAUUCAGCUUUUUAUUAUUGCUAUUAUUUACUCAUAUUAUUUUUUAAUAAUACAGAGUUCCUAAAACGAACUGCAUCAAAAACAGACUGGAUUUCUUCAAUAUUCUCUAAAAUAAUGUUCAGUCUGAAUCAAUGUGAACGUGUGUCUUAAAGCCAUGUAAGUUUCACUGGAUGAAAGUAUCUGCCAAAAUAUGUUAAAUAUAAUUUUAGAAGAUUUGUCACUUUCUUAGAUUUCUCAUCACACUAACAUAUAUCAGUAACAUGCUUAUGACGUCUUUAUUGUGACUUUUGUCUAAUAACGUGUCAGUUUCUUUCCUUCCCUCUCAGGUUCAGUGUGACUCCUCCCAGAUCACAUGAUCGACACGCUCAGCUUGUGACAUUGUUGGUAGCAUGAAAGUCACUCUUCUUAGGUAUCACACCAUCAGCUGCAGCUUUCAGCUCAUUUGAGACGGUUUACGCUUUCCAAACGCCCUUGACUUAUAGAUGCGACUGCAGUUCACGUGUAAUCAUCACCUUUCUUCUUUUCCUUUCCCCAAAUUGUAUUGUUAACAUCAUUAUUUUGCACAGAAACACAUUGGCGGAGUAUGUUUCUUUUGAUACAAUUCGAUAAUGACAAAUAAUUUUUUUUUCUUUUUGUGAUGCAAGAAUAGCAGAGAGUUGUGUGCCAGUGCUUCUGAGCUCUCUUUCCCUCUCCCACUCUCUCUCUCUCUCUCCAUCAUUCUCUCAAGAGCAGUCAAGGACAGUCAGGUCAGAAAGGCUCAGCAGCUCCCAGCAGGCUUCUGCAGUCUUCCAUGAAGCAGAGAAUUCAGCAGUUUAGGGCGCCUGCGUGAAUGAGUGUGUGUGUAUGUGUGAGAGUGUGUGUGUGUGGGUAAAAACUCCUGCAGGAGAGCUGCCUGCUGCAAAAAAAAAUGUCUCACUCACUGCCACUAAAACCAUUCCUGGCAUCACAACGCCAAAUAAAUACAAACGCAACAGCCAUAAAGAUAUGCGUAACGAACAACGAAUGCAACGAGGUCCCCGCGCUUCUUCAAUAUCAGCUCAAGAGCAUGAAGGAGAUUCGCUGCAGUGUGGUGCAAUGUGUCCAGGUGUAUCAGUUGCAGCAGUUGCAACUCUUUCUACGGGGAAACAAAAACUAUUGCUUGCUCUUUAAAAAUGAAUUGUGUUAUAUGCAUGUUUCUUUUUGUGUUUUGUCGGUUGCAGCUUUUGGUAAGAGAUGGAGAACUUUACUCCCCCUCUCUCUCUCUCUCUCUCUCUCUCUCUCUCUCUCUCUCUCUCUCUUUCUGCCUCCCCCUCUACUGUGGUGCUGACUCACUGUCACUGGCCCAGAAUAUGCUGUCUGCCUGCAUUAUACCCAGCUCACCUUCCCACCAAUUAAUGCCGCCUCAGCAUCCGAAUAAAAGCUAAGAGCAAAUCAUAUGCUAAAAUCAGAUUAUAUCAAAAUAUUAAGGUUAUAUUCGGACUUCACCACUCCAUACUGCAUGUGUGUUUGUGAUGACGGCGACACGUUGCGCUGUGAAAAGCUGUUAGUGUGAAUUCACAGAGCGCAGUAUUGUGAUUUACAACUGCUGUGCAAAAAUAUCUGAUUUUUGGUGGUGGUCUAGGUGGUCGGACAUCUCACUUUCAUUCAAGUACAGGAGAGGAUAUGUAUUCUGCAACACUAAUGAUAUCUCACAAGAAGGACGAGAAUAUGCAGCUACUGCCAUCUAGUGGAAAUAAGAAACACCUGCCAUAUGUAACUUUAAUGUAAAAGAUGGAGUGUCAUCACUGUAACUCUCUAUUUAAAUUUUUUAUUAAAAAAUACCCGUUUUAGCUGUAAACUAUGAAUAUUUUAUGGGUCAAAAUGUGUGUUCAAUUUAUGUAUUUUUUUUAUUUCAUUUCCUAAAUAAAAAAACAUGGCGUCGCAUCUAAAGAAAAAAAUAUAUAUAUAUUUUUUAGAUCUAAUUAUCUAAGUAGACUAAUCUGAGCCUAAUAUUAGAAAUUCCUUUAGUAAUGAAUCUGUUUUAUGAACAGGCCAGGCACAUGCUGCUUGAGCUUCCGGAUUCAUCUUUCAAAACCGGCAGAGGUUAAAAGGAUCUUUCAAAAUGUGUGUGUUUGGGGGUUUCCAUGACAACGUCCGAAUGCUGUUUACGUCUAAUUUGAUUUGAUUAACGCCUAUCAGACGUGACUGAUUCGGAUCAGCAGUUUGGCGGGCGAUCCAGCCAAUCAGAGGGUCCCUAAUCGUGACAUCAUAAGCACUAUAUAAAGCCUUACCGCGCGAAGGCACGCACGGAGUACUUCUUCUAACCCUAACGCUCUCUGGCUUCCUGUACGGCGCGUAUACUGUUUCGUCUUAAGCUUUCAGUAUAUUACAGGAAGCUUCCCGCGGUUCCGAUGCGUAUAAAAAAGCUAUAGAGUACUCUGAUGCUCGGUCUCACAGGUCCGAGUGUUUGCGCGCGCGGACAGUCCGACUGCCGCGAAGAGUUCGCCUCUGCUGCGCAGGCGCCGGGUCUGUGGGCGUUCGGCACGCUGAGCAGAGCAAAUUGAGCGUGGCCAACUUUUGCGGACCUCUCCACUGAUCCUGCAAAUACGCCUGAGCUCAGACACUCCCUGCCGGGCCUGGUUCGUCCGAGAGGGCCAUUUGAUUGUGCUCUGAUUUGUGCACGCGGCGAACUUCAGCUCAGAGAGGAAGAGCGGAACCCGCUCCCCGAUACAGCCUACGUGUAGGCUAGAGGAUUUCUCUAAUAAUCGACGUAUAUCUCGUUCGUUCAAAAGGGCAUGCUUACAGCAACCGUAACAUUUCGCCUUUUUAACACGGAAAAAGAUGCUCGAGCUGGACUGAUCCGCCGCCUCGGUCGAAGGAGCUGUCCACCAUGAGGUGCUGAUCGGCGGCCUGGCAGAACGAUGGCGACGGGGAAGUGGCUUCUGUACACGGGUCUCUGUCUGUCUCUCGUCGCCUUGUGUUUCCUGACCGUCGCGAUCUCAUCGGAUCACUGGUACGAGACGGACGCGAGGAGAUACAAGGAGCGCUGCCGGACUUUCUCGAAUCGCAGGAGCGAUCCGGGUUUCAUUUACAUCCCCAACCACAGUCUUCCACUGCGAGCCAGCCGGGCGAGCCUGGACCGAUGGGAAGACCGACUGCUGCUGAAUAGAAACCGGCGUCAGCUGUUCGCGAUGAGCGCGGCGGAUGAAUGCAGCAGACGCUACAAUUCAACCAACAUGGGGCUGUGGAGCAAAUGCUACAGGGUGGGAUUUGACCCAGACAUCGAAGAGCUCGUGCAAAAAGGAACUAUCGAACGUUGCUCCUUCAUAAAGUACUAUUACUCCUCCUCUGCAGUGACACGAAAAGAUCUUUCCUACAAUAUCACCAAGACUAUCCAGCAAGAUGAUUGGCAUGCCCUGCAUUUGCGUCGGAUGACAGCUGGCUUUAUGGGCAUGGCUUUAUCCAUCAUUCUGUUUGGCUGGACCAUUGGCAUUUUGGGCUGUUGCUGGGAGCAAGGCCUCAUGCAUUACGUUGCAGGUCUACUCUUCCUUAUGGGAGGUACCUUCUGCAUCAUCUCUCUUUGCACCUGCGUGGCCGGCAUCAAUUUCGAACUGUCUCGCUACCCACGUUAUCUCUUCAGCCUUCCAGAUGAUAUAAGCCAUGGUUACGGCUGGUCCAUGUUCAGUGCCUGGGGAGGACUAGGACUGACCCUCAUAGCUGGGUUCUUCUGCACCCUGGCACCAUCGAUUCAGCCUCCCCCACCAACCCGUACCUCCUGUCCUAAGUCUCGCAUGGAGAACGGAACGGUGUGCUAAAGCUUCACAUGACACUUUGUGCAUCGACAUAAACCUGUUCAUAGACUUCGUCAUGGGUAUUAAAAACACAAAAGACAUUUUGCGCUGGAAAUUGGUAAGCCAUGACUCUCAAUUGAUGUGCAAAAAGAAUCUGUUAUAAAAGCACAUUUGUACAGUUGUAUAAAAGCUUUCAUCCCGACAUGAGUGCAGCAUGUCCUUGGUGAAGCGGCUCUUGAUGUUUGUCUUUGUGUUCAGUAGAACGUGUUUGAAUUUAAAGAUGAAUUUACCGUUUCCAACACCUUUCCGAUGUAUAAUUACCAUGAAUUUCAUUAUGUGCUGUAGUUGUCAAUAUUUUCUUCAUUGGACAAUAAAAUGCCUCAUGUAAAAAAAACCCUACUGUUUCUACUCCAACUACAUGUAGCCAGAAAAAAGAGAGAGAAAACAGAGGCAAUGAAUACUCAAUUUUAUUUAAGAUUUCACUGUUCCAGACCAGCAGAAAAGGGGUCAUUUCUUUUCUUUUAGCGCUUUAUUUUGUAUUAAAUGAUCUCAGCAGCAUGUUAAACCCAAA